CCUUGUAUCAUUAGUUCAUUACCCUAAAAACAAAAAAACAAUAAACAAAGGAAAUAAGGAAUUUUCUCUCUCCUCGAACUCAACUCUACCAAAUCGCACUGUUCAUCCUCCCGCAUCCUCCCGCAUCCUCCUCCUUCUAAAACCUAACUACUCAAACAACAAAAGCAGCAUCUUGUAGUUGUAUCACCAUUCACCACCUCUAGCCGGCGGCGCCUCUGCCAACCACCACUCGCUGCUUCUAUUCUUGGUUGCGAGAGAGAGAUUGUAAGAGAAUCUAGAAAUGGACCUAUUAAAACAAGAGAUUAUGAAAAAGAGACAGGCUCUAUCUGAGGAGACUGGUGGGAAACGAUUCUUCAAACGCUCUGAGAUCGAGCAAAAGCGCCGCCAGAAGAUCCGUGAAGAGGAGAAACGUGAACUUGAGGAAAAACAACAAUCCUCUGCUUCCUCAUCUGCGUCCACAGCAUCGCUGCUUGAUUUAAUUUACUCCACCAAACCUAAUACCGAUUCCUCCACUAAAACUGUAACCUUAACAACGGAUGAGCAGAAUAGUAUUGAUGAACUAAAACUCUCUAAACACGAAGUGAUUCGGCGUCUUCGGCUCCUUAAACAGCCCAUUACCCUUUUUGGAGAGGAUGAUCAUGCCCGUCUAGACAGGUAUAAGAAUGUCCUGAAAACGGGAACCUUUGAGGUUGACAGUGACGUGACAGAAGGCCAGACAAAUGAUUUUCUGCGAGAUAUUGUUGAAUUGAAGAAGUGGCAGAAAACUGGGAUUAUGAGUGACCGAAAGAGGAAAAGUGAAGAUUUAGAGGAUGGAGAGACAGGUAAAGGUGAUGAUGACUUGAAUGGGGAUGGGGCCUCUUCCGGAGUUGAUGCUGAUAAAGACAUUAAACUCAUGAAGGCAAAAUUUGAGGAUUUGUGUGAGGAGGAUAAGAUUUUGGUAUUCUUCAAGAGGCUGUUGAAUGAAUGGAGACAAGAAUUAAAUGAAAUGCAGGAUUUGGAGAGGCGGACCGCAAAAGGAAAGCAGACGGUUGCCACUUUCAAGCAGUGUGGGAGAUACUUGACUCCAUUGUUCAAAUGCUGCAGGAAGAGGGCUCUUCCAGAUGACAUAAAGAAAUCGUUAAUGUUUGUCGUGGAUUGCUGUAUGCAGAGAGACUACCGAACUGCUGUGGAUUGUUACAUUAAGCUGGCCAUUGGAAAUGCACCAUGGCCCAUUGGGGUUACUAUGGUUGGUAUCCACGAACGUUCUGCUCGGGAGAAAAUCUUUACCAAUAGUGUUGCGCAUGUCAUGAAUGAUGAAACCACCCGCAAAUAUCUGCAGUCUGUCAAACGGCUGGUGACUUUUUGUCAACGCAAAUAUCCAACUGUUCCAUCUAGGUCAAUUGAAUUCAAUAGCUUGGCAAAUGGUAGCGAUUUGCAAGCUCUGCUAAUGGAUGAGCAACAUUUGGAAGGAGGGAAUCAUCUUUCAGAGGAAAAGCUUCAGUUGAUGCCUGCUCCAAGUGAUGAUUGAAGACUGGAUCCUUGGAGUGGCUAGCUAACUGCUAGUCAUGAACCCUUUUGAUCCAGAGAUGCCGAGGAUCCUGGUUAUCUUCUUGAUGUUAGCAAGAAUGCUGAUAUUGUGCGAGAAUGUGAGAUAUUUCUACUCUGCCUCAGCCUGCCUUGUCUGUGAGAACUUGUUGACUUAGCUGCUUGAUGAAUUGCUUCUGUACAAGUUGGUGUAGCUUCCUCUGUUCAACAUUGUAAUAUGCAUCAGUCGCUACUACAAAGUAUGUAACAGCAGUUAUUAAAGUGACAUGUUUUAAACCAAUCUUCCGUGUUUUCAUGUUUUAUAAUACCGUGUUCGUGUA